AUGGGGCUGCAAGAAGCACAGUCGUCGCCGCGCGUGCCCAACCUGCAGCUGAUGCGCCGAAGGGAUGCGCUGCCGGGUUUCUUGUCGCGAGACAUCAUUGACCAAGAGAUCCAGCAGCUAUGCGAGAAAUGGCCAGCGAUACUCGAGGACAACACAAUCAUUCGUAAAGCACAGGGGCGGUAUCGUAUCAACGGCCGCGAAGUGACGGUGUCUUUGAGAAUGCGAGAAGCCACGCGGGAGGAAGAAGAAUGUGUCUCCAAAACUCCGUCUUUGGAUGAGGCAAAAGCUGCUGACGGGCAGGUGAUGGACCUCAGUGGAGACCUCAUUGUUCGGGAUGGGCCACUAAAGCAGCCAUUUCUGGAUUAUGUCUUCGAUACUGGACAGAAGGAGUAUUACUCCAUGGCUGAGCCAGACAAAUUGGAGAACAAAUCCGUGGAUACGCCAAAGCCACUGGCUCCUGACUUGAAGGGUGGCCAGCUGGCAGUUCAGGACGACCGCCUGGAGGCCAUGGAGAUUGCUUGGACAUCCAGUGAUGCCGAUUCCCUCAGCGAGUUGCCUCAGAUGCCAUUGCCGCCGCCAUUGCCCAAGAGUUCGGAGCCAGUGCAGCAUGCAGCAGGCAUUCACUUGACGAAGACCUGCCAAGAAACGUCUCAGUUAUGCAGAACCUAUGAUGCAGAGGCAUGUCUUGUCGAGAUCGUCAUGGACAUGCCAAUAGCACCCGCUGGCAGCUUUCCAGUAUGCCACGCGAUGUUCUGCACGCCACAGGCAUGUGCCGUGGCUUCCCCGAACUCUCCUGUUGUGAUGGGAUUUGCGGCAGCAAAGGAGCUGUGGAGAUUGAUGGUGCCGCGAUUUCGGCACGUGACGACCGAGGAGGAGGCAGAGAUCGUCGAAAACGUCACCAGGGACGAUGUUUUUUGCCAAGUUGGAGGCGGACCCCGCAUCUCCGAGGAGACCGAGAAAGCCCUGGAUGAGGAGCACUUCCGCCCGGGCUUGGGUGCGGCGGCCUCUGGCACCGGGAGCCCAAUCCGUCCCAGACCAAGAGGCGUUGGGGGCACAGGUGUUGCGCGACAUGGAUAUGGAGAAGUUCCGAAGCUUGCUCAAGAGAAGCAGGAUGGAGGGCCCAGGAAGAGACAGCUCCUGGAAUUGGCUGGAGAGACAACCGGCCUCCGCAAGAUGUAUCUGGACAUGCGGUCCUUAAUUGAGACCAACAGGGGCAAGAUUCCUGCCAUAUUGCUCCCCGAGCCGCCGGGCAUUGCCUCGAACCAUGCAAAGAAAGCCUUCGGCCCCGAAAAGGGGCCUCCGAGCAGUGAGAAGUUUGAGGCCGACAGCAUCGAGGGCAAGAUCGUCCGCUUCAAGCGCAUCUUGGGCGAGAUGCGGAAUAUGGCGGAGCCUGGCUCUUGUAGAGGGCCCGCUCCCGGACCUGGCUUGGAGCAGGGACCUUGGGGAUUGGAGCCCGCUGGGCUUUGUGGGUACCCACCUGCCCCUGAUCAGGCAUAUGAAGGGACCUUUCUUGGCGAUGGGAAGCUCUAUGCGGUGCGAAGCGACAUCCCGCUCAUGGAAGCCACAAGCGAGGGAGCGAGACCGCGUGAGACCCGACGGAGGCUCGUGUACCGCGAGAUGGGUUCCUUCCUCGCAAUCAACCACUUCCUGUCCAGGACGCCGGCUGUGGUUAUGGAGCUCCCGCAAAGCCUGGUCCACGAGCUACCCAAGCACUGGACCAGCGCGACGCAGGGACCAGCAACGGGCCAUGCAAAUGAAGGGAAGGGUCCGUUUCAUCUGGAUCCACGUCGGAGAGCCGGAGGCUGCCCUCAGACGUCAGCCAUCACUUUUCUGGCCAAGCACAUCAGUGCCAGCCUGAGUCUUUGGGAGCCUUUGGCCCCGACUCGCUCGGGGGAAUACGGAAUACGCUUGAAUCACAGUGGCGAAGGCUGGCUGUCCAUGGAUCCGACUUGCCCGGACAAGUCCUCCGUCUUCUGGAUCCACUACAACGUUGUGGAAGAUCGACGAGCGCCUUCCCAUCAUUACUUACUCUCCGACGACCACGCAAACAUCUACUUUCUCCUCAACAGCAAGGCCAAAAAGAUGCCUUCGGCGGCCAUUCUUAUGGAACUUAUGCUCCUUUUGAAUCGUGGUCUCAACCAGUGGGCUGACGAGCUUGCGCACCCGGACUGCCAGGGCUUCGCUCCGGGUCAUCGCCUCCGUGUUAACCGCUUACUGAGAGGUCCCCACGGUGACAGCUCCACGAAGCCCUGCGUCGAGUUGCAGGAGACUGACGUGCCUGGCGGGCCCGUGAAGCCUUCGGAGCUGGUCAUGCGGAACUCUUGGCCACAGGACGGAGCGGUCCAGCUGCUUCCUUUGCUUCCGGCCGUCAGUGACUUUCGAGGUAACGGCCCUGCCAAGGUAAAACGCCGGCACAAGUACGGAGAGGUGAUCUUGCCUGGUGAGUUGACGUUUGGAUUCGGUCAUGCAUCCAAGAUGGACCAGGCCCAGGUAUGGCCAGAUCGUCCGCUCCGAGAGGCUCCGACGAAGCAGGCCCCUGCCGCACUGGCAUUGGAUGAGCUGCACCUGGCAGAGCUGUAG